AUGUCAUCCUUCAAUAAUGAGACCAAUGAUGGCAGCAGUACUAAUGCGCAUCCAAACGAUUCCUUCCCUCUGUAUACUGUAUUCAAGGACGAGUCUAUACCCAUCGAGGAAAAAAUGGCACUGCUCACCCGGUUCAAAGGCCAUGUGAAGAAGGAACUAGUUAAUGAAUCCUCAAUCCAGGCCUAUUUUGCUGCGUUGCUGUUCAUCUCCGGCCAUUACGCUUACCAUUCGUACCCGCGGUUAAUCUUUCUAUCACACUCAUCGCUUUGUUACCUUAUAAAGCGUGUAGCCAUGCAGUCUCCGGUACAAUUCAAUGACACUCUAGUUGAGCGGUUACUGAACCACUUGAUCUUUCAACUGCCCAAUGAAAAGAAAUUUUGGCUAGCUUCCAUUAAGGCCAUUGAAGCCAUCUAUUUGGUGAAUCCAUCGAAGAUCCAAACUAUUCUAGCAAAUUUCUUACGAAGACCAAAUGAAAACCAAAACGAAGAUUACCUCAAUAGAAUAAAGUCCACGUUAUUGACCAUCGAUGAAUUGAUCCAGAUUAAUGAGAGAAAUAAUUCAAAUCAUUUGCAACUACUGCGAUUUUUCAUGUUGUCGUUCACCAAUCUUUUAAACACUAACCUAAAUGAACACGCAAAUGACGAUAGCAAUAAUUUAAUAAUAGAGCUCAUUUUCGAUAUAAUGUACAAGUAUUUGAAAAUGGAUGACGAAAAUUCACAAGAUCUGAUAAACGGAUUUAUUAAUGAUUUGGAAGUGGAGAAGUUUAAACAAAAAUUUGUUAGCUUAGCAAAAUCACAAGAGCAACACGGCUUACAAGAGGAUAGGUCGUCAAUGUUUGAUGAAGAGUACGAAUAUCAGCUACUAUUGGCUGAGGCGAAAUUGCCGCAGUUAUCAAACAACCUGAGCAGUAAAGAUUCAGCCAUGAGAAAAAAUUAUGAGUCUUUGAACCAACUACAGCAGGACUUGGAAAAUUUGUUGGUUCCAUUCCAAAGUGUAAAGGAGACGGAACAAAAUUGGAAACUAAGGCAGUCAAAUAUAGUUGAAUUAGAUAACAUCAUAUCCGGCAACAUCCCCAAGGACAAUCCAGAAGAAUUUGUCACCGUAAUAAAGGAGGUGCAAUUGAUCGAGUUAAUUUCAAGAGCUACUUCAUCACUGAGGACUACGUUAUCAUUAACGGCAUUGCUUUUCCUCAAAAGACUAAUUCAUAUUUUAAACGACCAUUUGCCCCUAUCAAUACUGGACCAAAUCUUUGUCAUUUUCAAAAAUUUAUUGUCUUCCACUAAGAAAAUCUCUUCACAAACUGCAUUUCAUUGUUUAAUUACUUUGAUCAUUGAUAUAAAUCAUUUCCACAAUAAACUAUUCCAAUUAUCGUUCUUACUAAUAAAUGAGAAAACCGUAACACCGAGAUUUUGUUCUGCGAUACUGCUGCGUAGCUUCCUAAUUAAGUUCAACGACUCCAAUCUGUCACUCAACAAUUCAAAUACAACUUCACCAACCUCAAAAUUGGAAAAUAAUAUCAUAUACAUCGAAGAAUGGUUGAAGAAGGGCAUUUCAGAUUCACAAACUACCGUGAGAGAAGCGAUGAGAUUAACUUUUUGGUAUUUCUAUAAAUGUUAUCCCACGAAUGCCAAAAAACUAUUAAGUUCUUCCUUUUCUCCACAGUUGAAAAAGGCAACGGAAUUGGCAAUCCCCUCUCACUUGAAUAUAAACUACCAAGUUUCUAGGGUGUCUUCUACUUCUUCUGUCUCUUCUGCGACGUCUCGCUUGUACUCUCAAUCUUCGAAUAAUUCUUCAAGAAGAAUCAGUUUACUGGAACAGAAAAGGAACUAUCCAAGCUAUGCUCAACCAACUCAAUCUUCCUCUACUUCCCUACUCAACCCUCCUGUGGUCACAACUGGUGGAAACGUUAUAGCCAGUAAAUUCUCGAAUAAGUUGAAAACAAAUUUAAGAUCAACUAGUGAGUAUUCAAGUAAAGAAAAUGAAAAAAGAGCAAGGAAUCAUGAUAGUUUAAACGCUAUUACAAACAGUAACACGAAAGAUAAUAACGGUGUUAUUAAAAGAAAAGUAAGCGCCCCUCCUUCUUCUACUGUUGCGACAAAAGCACCUGAAAAUUACACUAAUUUCGAUGACUUCCCGUUAAACCAAAUCGAUUUGACUGAUGAAUUAUCAAGCAGUUACUCUAACCCUUUGAUAAAGAAAUAUAUGGAUAAGAAUGAUGUUCCGAUGUCAUCCUCUCCAAUCUCAUUAAAAGGCAGUAAUAAACCUGGCGAAUACGAAAUCCUUUACAAAAUAUUUAAUGAUGCUUCGUUUUCGGCUCAGUUCAAAGAUGCCUUACAGUAUUUACAAAAGGAAUUAUUGUCGACAUCACAGCAGUCAUCAUCGUUACCAUCUGUCCCAAAAUUCGAAUUUUCUAAGAUUCUGAAAAAGCUGCGGCAAAUUAUGAUGAAGUCACCACAUGACUUUAAACCAUUCUUAAACAUACCAAAAUUUAUAAAUGAAGUUCCCCUCAACUAUCUCCUUGAGCUAUAUUCUAUUAAUGGUUUUGAUUACGCAGAAAUCUUAAAGAAUAAAAUGAAUCCCGAAAAGCCUUAUGAGCUUACCAACUUAGUUACAACUAUCGUGGAUUUGUUCAAUUUCUUAAAUUCCAACAAUUGUGCGACCGAUUCCAAACUAUACUACAUGAAAUACAAAACUACUUUUUUCAAUUAUUAUUUCAAGUUACUUUUAGAGAUUUUCCGUAACUUGAACAUAAAACAUGAUAACACUUUGAGGUCUGAAAUAAACGAUUUUAUGCCUAAAGUAUCAAUGAUUCUCUUCCAAAUAUACGGUAAAGAAUUCGACUAUACAUGUUAUUUCAGUUUAAUUUUUGAAAUUUAUAAAUUCGAUAAUAAACGCUUUAAUAAGUUGUUAACUGAUUUUGACAUCGUAUCCACUAAGAUGAAAAUUUGUCAUGAACUUGAGAAGAGGGAUGUCAACUUUAAGGUAGAAAACAUCAUUUCGAGAGAAAGCUCUGUAAGUUUCACCCCCAUUGAUGAUAAGAAACUUGAAAGAGGCGAUGAAUUAGAUGAAGCAGUGGACGAAAAUGAUGUUAAAAAAUACAUGGAAAUGACAAUGAUUAAUCCUUUCAAAAACCUGGGAACUGAUAAAACACUAGAGCUGAAAAAUAAUGUUGAUCAAAAAAGAUCAUCAAGUACAAAUAGUGUAGUUAUUCACGAUGAUAAUGACAAAGAUAAAAAGCUUUCAGAAAUGACAAAAAUAGUAAGUGUUUAUCAACUGGAUCAGCCGAAUCCAGUAAAAGAGGAGGACGAUAAAGAUGUCGAAAAUUCUCCAAAAUCUGAUUUGAAUUUAAGUGAAAUUUUCCAAAACGGUGGUGACAAUACCGAAAGGAAAUUGAAAGACGAUAACGAACUAACUGUCAAAUUCAGUACGGAUCCUCCAAAAAUAAUAAAUGAACAGGGGAAACUUAUUGAAAACGGGGAUGAAAAUGAAAAGCCUGAUUUGGAAACCAUGUCGCCAAUAAAAAUAAACGAGGAUAAGAAUAUGGAUCAAAAGCAGAGGAUCACAGUAAAAAGAGAAAGAGAGCUAACGCUAACUGAACAAGAUAUAAACUCCAAGAAAAUAAAAGUGGUAAAUAUCAAAAAAUCAGAAAAGAUGCAUUUUCCGAUCAUGGAUAAUUUCCCAAAGGAUUCCUUAACCGUAUAUGAAAUUAGUCAUCUUUUAAUGGUCGAUUCCACUGGUAAUACUUUGAUGGAUUCUGAUGUUUAUUUUAAUCACAUGUCAAAGGCUAUAAAUAGGAUCAAAAGUGGUUCGUUCACCAUGAAACAUAUAAAUUACCUGAUCGAACCCUUGAUUAUUUGUUUUCAAAAUCAGAAAAUGAUCGAUUGGUUAACAAAUGAAAAUGGUUUUGAUGAACUAUUGGCUGUUGGUAUCAUGCUUUUGAAAUCCACUGAUGACACGCCUUCGAUACCAUCGAAAAUAUCCAGUAAAUCCAUUAUUCUCGUUCAUAGUCUUCUAGUUUGGAAGAACUUUCUGAACACGUUAGGUGAGAAUGCCGACGAUGAUGGUGUUUCAUUAAGAAUGUCGUUCGAAGAAGUAUGGGAACAAAUCCUUUUAAUGCUCAAUAAGUUUUCUGACUAUGGAAAUGAAAUCUAUAAAUUAGCACAAGAGUUCAGGGACGAUCUAAUGCUGUCGCACUUUUUUAAAAAACAUUCGGCAACAAGAAUUCUAAGCAUGUUGGUUACAGAGAUCCAGCCUGAUACUGCAGGUGUGAAAGAAACAUUCUUAAUUGAGACCUUAUGGAAGAUGCUGCUAUCUCCUACCAUUUGCCAACAGUUCAAGAAGUCUAAUUUAUCAGAGAUUAUCCAAACGAUGAGCUAUUUCAUUACGGGGAGUGAUAACACUUCAUGGAACUUCACCAGUGCCGUAGUCUUAGCUCGUUGUUUGAGGGUUCUCCAAUCGGCUCCAGAUUAUACUGAACAAGAAACCGAACGAUUAUUCGAUUGUUUGCCUAAGAAUGUCUUUAAAAUGAUUAUGUUCAUCGCCUCAAACGAAUAG